GCCGUUUCACACACUGAAGAAAGCUGAGUCACAUCUAAAUGCCGCGGCAGCUGCUAACGCUAACAGCGAAGGAGACGGAAUUUCUGCGUUUAUUUAUUCUCCCUUUUAUUGAACAAUGUUGACGAUCACGCUGAAAACUCUACAACAGCAGACCUUUAAGAUACAAAUAGAUGAAGAGCUGACGGUACGAGCUCUUAAAGAGCAGAUUGAAUCUGAAAAGGGCCAGGAUGCUUAUCCUGUAGCUGGACAGAAGCUCAUCUAUGCAGGUAAAAUAUUGAAUGAUGACAUACCUUUAAAAGAGUACAAAAUAGAGGAGAAGAACUUUGUUGUGGUCAUGGUUACUAAGCCGAAACCAACAGCACUUCCUCCUGUGGUUGCUAUUCCUCUCCCUGACCUUUCAUCUCAGGCCCUUUCUAUACCUGCUCCCCCGCCGUCUGCCCCAGCGGCCCCUGUACCCAUCCCAAGCCCCACAUCUGCCUCUGCUGCUGCGGUAUCCACCCCUACAACUGCCCCUGCACCCAUAAUCACUCCUACAACUGCUCCUGUACCCACAAUCACCCCUAUAACUGCUCCUGCCCCCACAGUCACCCCUACAACUGCUCCUGCACCCACAAUCACUCCUGCAUCUGCCCCUGCUCCAGCACCUGUACCCACACCCACCCUUGUUGAACCAGUGCAGUCUGUGGAGCCUCCUGCUCCUCCAGCCACAGCGCCCCCUGCUACUGCCUCUGCUGCUGCCUCUGCUGCUGCCCCUGCUGCUGAACCUGCUGCUAGUGUGGAGUCAGUGGAGACAGAGAGUGCAAGUGCCCAGGCUGCAUCUGCAGAACAGCCGCAGAGAGCCGAACCAGAACAGCCAUCAAACCCCACUGCAGCUCUCUCAGCUGCCAGCAUUAUGGAUGAACUGGGCCUUUUGGAGGAAGCAGCAUCGAUACUUGUCACAGGACAGGCGUAUGAGAAUUUGGUGACAGAGAUCAUGUCCAUGGGAUAUGAGAGGGAGCAGGUUGUCGCCGCCUUGAGAGCGAGCUACAACAAUCCUGACCGAGCAGUGGAAUACCUGCUCAUGGGUAUUCCUUCUGAGUCAGAGCAGCCUGUACAAGAAGCAGUGCGACCUGCAGCAGAAACAGAGAGACCUCAACCUCCACCAGCAGCCACUGGUGCUACACCCUCCCAGGCCCCACCCACCACAGCUAACCCCCUGGAGUUCCUGAGGAACCAGCCGCAGUUCCAACAAAUGCGUCAGAUCAUCCAGCAGAACCCAGCACUCCUCCCUGCCUUGCUGCAGCAACUGGGAAGGGACAACCCUCAGCUUUUGCAGCAAAUCACGCGGCACCAGGAGCGAUUUGUGCAGAUGCUUAAUGAGCCGCUGGGAGGUGAAGCAGAGGCAGCAGAGGCACAGGGAGCUCCACAGACUAACUACAUCCAGGUCACACAGCAGGAGAAAGAGGCCAUAGAGAGGUUAAAAGCUUUGGGCUUCCCUGAGGGACUAGUCAUUCAGGCUUAUUUUGCCUGUGAAAAAAACGAGAACCUAGCAGCCAACUUCCUGCUCCAGCAGACCUUCGACGACGAGUGAAUGUGUAACGUGGACUGAAACCCUAGGUGGCGAUGGAGAGACUGAGAGUGCUAGUGUGUGUGUAGUGUGCGCUUGUGGCAGAGUUUGAGAGGAGAUUUUAAAUGCGACUGCGAGUACAUUAUAAAGGAGAGAAAAGCCAUGUUGUGAAUUACUCUAAUAUCAGAGAUCAGAAUCUGUAUUAGAUUAUUUCACUUAGACAGUAGGCUGUGUGUCUCUGCUGCUGUUCUCGCCGAACGUGCCGUGUGAAGUUUGCAGGUUUUUAUCUCUGCUCUAAGUUAUUGCUUAUUAAAUCCUGCCAAGACCCUAAGACCCCCCGAGUAUGAGCUCUCAUCGUGUCCUUACAGUAUGUGUGACACAUGGUCUUGCUUUUUUUUGUUUAUAAUUUUCACAAGUGCUCUAUAAUCUGUAGUCAAAAAUGGGAUGUACCAUUCUUUAAAGAACUGAAUUUUAUGAUUUUGAAUUGGAAAUAACACAGUACUACCACAUGUCCAAUGAAGAGACAACAAAUUAUAUUGAAAUCAUUCUCUCUUGCCAAAAGUUUUGACAUUGUCUGGUGUCUUAUCUAGGCACCUAAAUAAACAGGGAUGCCAAAA